GAGAUGAUUUCGUGAAGUGCGGCAACGGUCGCCGGGUUCACCGCUUCUUCUGGUGCAACGGCUGGCCCGAGUGUCCUGACAACCACGCAGAUGAAGCAGUUUGUGAUCGAGAUGAUUUUGUGAAGUGCGGCAACGGUCGCCGGGUGCACCGCUUCUUCUGGUGCAACGGCUGGCCUGAGUGUCCUGACAAUCACGCGGAUGAAGCAGUUUGUGGGGACUGCAGAUUAGACGCAGUGCGUUGCAGUACUGGAAGGUGUGUACAGUUACGGCAACAGUGUGACGGCUACUGCGACUGCAUUGACUGUGAAGAUGAAGUUGACUGUGGCAAUUCAUACACCAAACAUUCCGACACGACAGACUCAACAUCCGCCCCGGAGCCGGACCAGUCUUGGGAGCUAGACUUGAAUCCUCUUCCGUCGCCGCAGUGUCCGCAUUCCGGUGUCCGGGUCAUCGUUAAGACUUCAGGUCGCUCUCUCACAAAGCCCGACGAUUUUUUCCAGUGCAGAGGAGAGAGCAGAGUGUUCCCUUUGAGCCAUCGAUGCGAUUACUUCGUCGACUGCCUCCAAGGAGAUGACGAGGAAAAUUGCCCUGCGACCGAAUGCGGACCCGGCGAAUGGCAAUGCAAUAAUGGCGAAUGCAUCGACGCUCGUUCCCGCUGCGAUAACGCCUUCAACUGCAGGGACAAGAGCGACGAGAUCGACUGCGGAAGCCAAGCCUGUGCAGAGAAGAGAUGUGAAGCAGGACAAUGUAUCAGCGAGCGACAGUGGUGCGAUCACAAGCCCGACUGCCUCGACCACAGUGAUGAAGCGCAAUGUGGUUUCCCAGCAGUCUGUGCGCGCGGGCAGUUCCAGUGCGCCACGGCAGCGCAGUGCAUCGACGCUGCGCUGCGCUGCGUUGUCCCUGCGGCUCCCAGCGCAGCCUGCCACGACAACUCCCACCUCGUAGACUGCCACUGGAAGUUGUGUGAGCCUCAUCAGUACAAAUGUGUGAGCGGCGCGUGUAUAGACAAGAGCCGCAAGUGUGACGGCACCGCUGACUGUAUGGACUCAUGGGACGACGAGGACAUGUGUCCCUUCAAUUGCUCAUGGAACGCGCUGUGUAGCUGCCAUCACCUCAGCGCCGAUUUGUUGGACGAUGAACAGAACCUGUCGGGCAACAGCCUGGGAGAUGCCCUACACGCGUACGGCCUCAACUGCAGCUCGCGUCUCGUCUCUCUAGAUUUAUCCCACAACAACAUCACUAGUCUAUCACCGGGGAGUCUUAGUCACUUAUGGAGACUCAAGAUCCUUGUGCUCAGUCACAACUUCUUGACGGAAAUACGUUCAGGAUACUUCACAGGGCUUCACAGUCUCACCACCCUACGAUUGGAAGGGAAUCGGAUCAGGACGCUGUAUCCCCACGCCUUCGUUGGACUCAGCGCCCUCACAUUGCUAGAUCUGACGCGGCAGAGGCUUGACACUAUCAAGCCAAAGGCGUUCGAAGGCCUCAGGAAAUUCAGAACACUGAAGCUGUCGCACAACUCCCUCACGACCCUCGAAAACGCGGCCUUCGCUGGACUCGCCAACCUCGAAGUCUUAGAACUGCAAGGCAACGCGUUGAAGGCGCUCACUCACCAGCUCUUCAAGCCACUGGAAAACCUUCACUCAUUGAAAACGGACGACUGGCGUUGGUGUUGCCUGGCGCGCCGCGUGCAGCACUGCGAGCCCAAGGAUCAGUUCUCCUCUUGUGAGGACCUCAUGAGUAACCUCGUCCUGCGGGUCUGUAUCAUCGUCCUGGGGGUGGUCGCCCUUGUCGGCAACGCCUUCGUCAUCGCCUUGAGAUGUCUUAAUAAGACUGAAAAUAAGCCGCACUCAAUCCUCAUAAUCAACAUGGCGGCCGGAGACCUACUCAUGAGCGUAUAUCUACUGAUGAUCGCUGGCGUAGACCUUCACUACCGCGGCGUAUACGCUGCGUACGAGGAGCAGUGGCGUACGUCAGCAUCGUGUCAGCUCGCUGGCUUCAUCAGCACGCUAUCCACUGAGUCGUCAGUCAUCUCGCUGACCAUCAUCACGGUGGACCGCCUCCUGGUGAUCAAGUUUCCGUUCGGUGACCGCCGCCUCGACAUGCGCGUGACGCGCGCGAUGAUGGUGGGGAUGUGGGUGGUCGUGACGUUUCUUGCAGCGCUGCCCCUCGCCAACAUCGCAUACUUUGACAACUUUUACGGACGCUCUGGAGUGUGCUUGGCCCUUCACAUCACAAGUGAUAAGCCCAACGGAUGGGAGUAUUCUGUCCUUAUAUUCAUAGUCAUCAACCUGCUGUCGUUCGCCGUGAUCGCCGUGAGUUACGUCAUCAUGUACUCAGUGGCACGCAAGACGCAUCGUGAGGCGCGUAUCAAUGAUACGCGGAUCUGCCAGCGGCGGUACACGUCGGCCAAAAGCGGCGGCACGACGCACGACAGCGCCACGAUGGGGCGGCGCAUGACGCUCAUCGUCGCCACAGACGCCGCGUGUUGGCUUCCCAUCAUCGCUCUUGGCAUCGCGUCUCUGUGUGGCCUUAAUUUGCAUCCGCCGCAGGUGUUCUCAUGGAUUGCAGUGUUCGUGUUGCCCCUGAACGCUGCGGUGAACCCCGUACUGUACACGCUGUCUACGCAGCCCGUCAGAAAGAGGUUGCAUGGUUUGCUCACUGCCCUAGCCGGCCCGCAGUCCAAGCACGUCCGCAAGCCUUCCACUCUCUCAGUGAGCAGCAACUGGAAGAACUCCAUGCGUUUCCAUGUGGUGACAGAAGCAAGCGAAUAUCAAACGACGACGUCACACGCUAACAGCCAGCGGCGCUUGGACGUAACAAGGGAGUCAACACGGCGAUCUGCCGGCGGUAGCGUCCGGUCUAAGUCAUCUUGUUCAGCCACGAUCCCUGGGGUUACACCUUACAGCCGUAAUCGAGAAGAAAAUACGAAGCCAAUGGACAGCUAUCUCGGCUCCAGAGGCGACAUUGAGAUAAGACUCGCGGAUGAGGAAGACACAAAUGAAGUUCAAUCAUCCGCAACGCUCUCCAAAUUUGAGAAAUGGUUGCCCAGUGGCUGGAGGAAAAGAAAAAGUAUAAAUCGAAAAAGUGGGAAUUGCAAAAAUUUAGUUAAAUUAGAUUCCACUGGCAGUCGAAACAGUGAAAAAGGUGUCGAAACAGAGUCCCGAAAAUGGCCUUCUCAAGAUUCAAGGAAAUCUAUAAACGGUAACAGAAACAUCGCACGUUCUUGUUUGAACCGCGAAGUGACCGUCAUUGUUAGUGACGACGAUAACCGCGCGAGCGUUGCUGAGAUAAUCCCGCUAAACGAAAUUGAAAAUGACUGCUUCAAAACCAAGAAGAUUACGAGUAAACAACGAAAAAUGGGCACGUCAAGAUAUGACUAACAAUGAGUUUGACCUAAUGUGCAGUGUAAAUAAUUCCAUACACAUGGUAGCUUACCCAUGAGCUUUUACUCAUAUGAAAACAAAUAACUCAAGUGAAUCAAAAGUUAUAGGGAAAUUAUAAUAAUCAUGGAAUUGUU